AUGAGUUCCACCGUGCUAUACAAGCCAUUGCUGUUUGGCAUGUCCAGCGAAAAACAAGAAUCUUUUUUAAAGAUGACAAUCUUGACAACUGCAGCAGUACUAUCUUUUGCAACGAGACUUUUUUCUGUGCUUCGAUUUGAAAGUGUAAUUCAUGAAUUUGAUCCUUACUUCAAUUAUCGGACAACACAAUAUCUUGCAGAAGAAGGAUUUUAUAAGUUUCAUAAUUGGUUCGAUGAUCGAGCAUGGUAUCCACUUGGCAGAAUUAUUGGAGGUACAAUUUACCCAGGCUUAAUGAUAACGUCAACUGUCAUAUACAACUCUCUUCAUUUUAUCAAUUUAACUUUAGAAAUUAGGAACAUUUGUGUAUUUUUAGCACCUUUGUUUUCUAGUUUUACUACUAUAAUUACAUUCCUUCUGACUAAAGAGUUAAAAGACACUCGUGCCGGACUUAUUGCAGCUGCUAUGAUAGCAAUUGUUCCAGGAUAUAUAUCUCGUUCGGUUGCUGGAUCUUAUGAUAAUGAAGCUAUUGCUAUUUUUUGUAUGCUUUUGACUUAUUACGCAUGGAUCAAAUCGGUGAAAACGGGUAGUAUUCUGUGGUCUGCAUUUACUGCACUUGCAUAUUUUUACAUGGUAUCAUCUUGGGGUGGAUAUGUGUUCUUAAUCAAUUUAAUACCAAUGCAUGUGUUUGUUUUAAUGGUAACUGGACGUUUUUCACAUAGAAUUUAUGUAGCGUAUAGUACAGUAUACUGUAUUGGUACUAUAUUGUCAAUGCAAAUAUCAUUUGUUGGGUUCCAACCAGUUCAAACUUCUGAACAUAUGAUGGCUUUAGGUGUAUUUGGCUUGUGUCAAAUACUUGGUGGGAUAAAUUACAUGCGAACAAAGAUUGUUGGAGAUGAUUUUCAGACAUUGUUCCAGUUUAUUAUAUAUUUAAUCGGAGGCACUGUAAUUGCUUUUGGUACUUUACUUACAAUAACUGGAAAAAUUGCUCCAUGGACUGGCCGUUUCUAUACAUUAUUGGAUCCAUCUUAUGCUAAAAAUCACAUACCGAUCAUAGCAUCUGUUUCUGAACAUCAACCUACAUCUUGGUCUUCGUUUUAUUUUGACUUGCACAUACAGGUGUUCCUGUUUCCUGUUGGAUUAUAUUUUUGUUUCUCAAAACUUACAGAUGCUAAUAUUUUUGUGAUACUUUAUGGAGUUACCAGCAUUUAUUUUGCUGGUGUAAUGGUACGUUUAAUGUUAGUUCUUGCUCCGGUAAUGUGUAUCUUAUCUGGUAUUGGUGCUUCUUCUAUGUUAUCAACUUACAUGACACAAUACCUCGAGGGUUCAUCAAAAGUACCUGAAAAAAAAUUGAAGAAAAAUGAAAGUAGUAAAUCGAUGAAAAGCGAAAUUGCUACUGCAUUUGUAACAAUGUUGACGUUUAUGCUGAUUUCUUAUGUGUUUCAUUGUACAUGGGUUACUUCGGAAGCAUAUAGUUCGCCAAGUAUUGUGUUGUCAGCUCGCUCACAUGAUGGUUCUCAAGUUAUUUUUGAUGAUUUCAGAGAAGCAUAUUACUGGCUACGUAUGAAUACAGCCGAAGAUGCUCGAGUAAUGUCAUGGUGGGAUUAUGGUUAUCAAAUUACAGCUAUGGCCAAUAGAACAAUUUUAGUGGAUAAUAACACUUGGAAUAACACUCAUAUUUCUAGAGUUGGUCAAGCUAUGUCAUCUGGCGAAGACGAAGCUUAUGAGAUAAUGAGAGAACUAGAUGUUGACUAUGUGCUAGUAAUUUUUGGUGGUGUCGUUGGUUAUUCAUCAGAUGAUAUAAACAAAUUUUUAUGGAUGGUACGCAUUGGAGGAUCGACUGAAAAAGGUAGACAUAUUAAAGAGUCUGAUUAUUACUCACCAAGUGGAGAGUUUCGUGUGGAUAAAGAAGGUUCAAAGAAAUUGAAAAAUUCAUUGAUGUAUAAAAUGUGUUACUAUAGAUUUGGUCAAGUUUUUUCAGAAGGAGGUAAGCCAGCUGGUUAUGAUCGUGUUCGUAAUGCAGAGAUUGGGGUAAAAAAUGUAACAUUACACGUAGUUGACGAAGCAUAUACAACUGAACAUUGGCUUGUUCGUAUAUACAGGGUAAAGGACUACGAUAAUCGGGGAGGUAAAAUGAAGCCAAACAAAGUAUCAACUUACUAUGAACAAUGA